GGCGGCAACGCUGUUUGUGUCGACACGUGUUGUGCGUACUCGACGCUUCGAUGCGAUGUUUUUCGCGCCGAUUUCGAAUUACUGUUGUAUAUGGCGAAUGUUCCUUUAAUGUGUUUUAGUUGAACGUUAUGCACUGAUAUCUGGGAGUUUGUGUGAAGUGGUUCAGUGAAUGUUUUGUUUUGUAAAAAUUUUGAAGUAACUGAGAACUAGUUGAUCCUUAGUUAGCAAUUCAAUUGCUUGAGAUUUUCCUUAUUUGCUAGAAGUGAAUUCCAGUCCUGGUAUCAUACCUCAGUUAUUGGAAAAUCAUCCAAAAGAAAAAGAUACCGGACCCCCAAGAACAGAAUUGAAGACGAACAUGAAAAUAAGAAAGAUCAGUUGAAAAGUAAGAAGUUUGUGUCUCAAGCUCACUGACAAUGGCCGAAGAGAAGAAAAAGGAUGCCAGUGCACUGUUGGCCAAAAAGAAAAAAGUGAAGCCGCGCAAAUCCAGAGAUGCUGACUGCUGCAGCGUCAACUUCUUGAAGUGCGUCUUACAUAUCUUCAAUGUCGUGUUCUUGUUCGCAGGCGCCGGCGUGCUAGGCGUAGGGGCGUGGACAGUGACGUAUCGACAUCGAUAUGUGUCACUGUUACCGACACCGACCUACCCUGCUAUCGCGUACCUGCUCAUCAUAGCUGGGGCUAUGGGAGUGCCGCUAUGUGCCCUCGGCUGCUGCGGCUUGAAGACUGAGAAUAGAACCAGCUUGUUAUGCUACACAUACUUCCUGCUGAUAACGUUUAUCCUGGAGAUAGGCGCCGGCGGUUUAGCGUACUAUUACGAGGUGGCUGUGGAAGAUGAACUGCGAGCCGAGUUGAAUAAUACGUUCUUGUCUAACUAUGCGUUGGACACUACGAUCACUGAUGCUGUGGAUCGUAUGCAGACUGAGUUCAAAUGCUGCGGCGCGGAGCGUUAUUCAGACUGGCGCCACAGCCCGUGGCACGAGCACGACCCGCGCCUGCGCGUGCCCGACUCCUGCUGCAAGUCGCCGGCCGCCCGCUGCGGCGCCAGGGACCAUCCCUCCAAUAUAUACUACCAUGGCUGCAUACGACAGUUCACGAACCACAUACGAGACCACCUGAUCAUUUUAGCAGCGGUGGGUGUGGGGAUGGCGGUCAUUCCUAUCUUCGGGUUUCUGUUCUCGUGCGUGCUGUACGUGAAGAUAAAGCACGUGAUAGACUGACGGCGGGCCGCGCCGGCCAACGCUAACAACCGGAAAGUGUUCGACAAGAGUGCACGGGGUGGGGUGACGUCACGCGGAGCACGUGGCCGCCAGCGCCCCCGCCCCGCGCCGCCCUGCCCCGCGCCCUGUCCCCUGCACCCCGCGCAGGACAAGCGUCCCAUACACACCAUCAGCGACAACCUCAGCAUAUAAACUGCAAGUGCCGUCUCCCAGUAGACUUAGACCAUGUGUUCAUCGGAUGUUAAUCGAUUAUUAUACAAAUAAUGUUCGUGUCUAAUUAUAGUGACGUAGAAACUGUGAACGAAUUUAUAUCAGUGUCCGAGUGGAAGCUCGGUAGUGACUAUUAUUAUGUAAGAUGGUGCUACACUAUUUUGUUAUAGAAUCGCGGGUAGAUAGCGCAUCAAAUGGGGAGGGAAUCUUAUUGUUUAAUUGAAAAGCCAUGUGGAAUUGCAAUUAUAUUUAGUAAUUGUGUAAUUGAAUGUCUACCAAAUAUUGAAACAUGUAAUGUUCUGAAAUGGUUUAAUUAAAAUUCUCACUGACGUUUUGCACAUUGCAAAUGCGCCGCAUACCUUCGUAAAUGUAUAAUUAUAAAAAAAUUACUACUUAAUACACAUUAAUGAUUUGUAACCUCUGCUCAUUCACGUAUAAUUGCUUACUACAGUGUUAUUUCUGAGAACAAGCAAUUUAAUUAUUAUUAUCACGAUGACGACUUUAGCCAUUCUUAGCACAUCACUUUGGAAGUAUGUACUUGCAUACUACGAGUUGUUUUAUAAAUUCCUUUGUUACUCGAGAUAAACUGUUUGCGAACAUAUGGGUAACAGAUUGGAUCCUGUGAGUUGCAUACAGAUGUAAUUGUUGUCAUUCCUUUUUAUAAUUAUGAUACAAUGCAGUAAAACCUAGUCCUGAAAAGGUUAACCUUUUCACCGCCACGCCAUAUCGGUAUUCCUAUGCCCUGUACGCCAAGCCCGAAAAUCUUAAUUAAAUAUCUACUAAAAAAUACAUAAAAGUAAUGAUUUAAUAGGUUUAUUUUGUAUUUUUCUGCGACCUGUUUUUUGUCGAGUAUAGCCGUCGUUGGCGCACAGGGCACGCUUGCUCAUGUCGGCUAUAGCCGACAUUGGCGUUCAAAAGGUUAAACUACAUGGAAUAACUCAAGCAAGAGUAAAAUACGUGACUUGUGUCCUCAAUUAAAUGUGCUACAGUUUUUCUAACCAUUAAACCUAUACCUACAGAAUAAAGAGCAUAAUAUAAUAUUACAAUAUAUUUAGAUGACAGAACCGUGUUUAAUCAAUUAAACUUAUAAAAAAUGUGCCUUAUUAAUUUGUAAGAUUGUAUAUAAAAUAAUGUAUUGAAUGUAAUUUAAACAACAG